AUGUCGACGCUCUUUGAGCCCGAAACAGCGCAGUGCUACACGUUUUCCUGCGUCCUCAACAACUACUCGCGGCCCUCCAAGUACCUGGGCUACGAGAAGCCAGGCGCGACAUACCCAUGCCCCGCGGACCAGCCCAUCCCUGGAGAGCCCCAGAACCCCCACCCGUCGCGCAACCUACUGCCAAUGUCGACCCCAACGACCGGAUCGCAGAGCAGCCCCACUGGCAGCACUGGCGGCUCUGGCGGCUCAGGCAGCGGAGAUGCUGGUUCUGGCGAAGGCUCCGACCCAGCAGCCCCCACAAUCGUCCUCGAUGGGUCUGCGAUCAAGGCGAUGGCCCCGGGCUCGCUGUUUGUCGCCAUCGGUCUCGCCAUGGUUCUUUUUGAAACUAUCCUGGUAGCUCUUGGCAAGGACGCUGGUGUGUUUACCGAGCGGGGGUUUUCCAGCCGGUAG